AUGGCUGUAAAUUCUGAUAAGGGGCGUCGCUAUAUUGCUGCCUUGGACAACGCCCGUUGUCAGAAUAAGUGGGAUGAGAUUCCCGAACUCAUUCGCAAAGUGACCAAGCAUGCACCUCAAAAGACUUGUAAUAGCCUCUCUUACUCUAUCGGGUGCCUGUUAGAGGUAGCCUCCGCUGAAUACCAGAUCGCCGUACACUCCCCGCAACGGCCAUCUUCUGCUCAAUCUUCCUCCGCUUCCUCGUCCUCGGCUUUGCCAGAACUUAUUCCCCACCUUUUGUCUACCGUCGAAAGGGCAGAUGGCCCUCCACAAGAUAUUUUUCAAGCUCAAGUUUGCCUAGGAUGGGUACACUGGACACUCAAUGAACCGGGUUUGGCAGUAGCUCGUCUCCCGGACGACUUCGAUGAGACAGUUCAUAAGCUCACGAGCACUGGAGAGGAACUUUCGCCAUGGACUAAAGUAUGCAUUGCCAAGGCAUGCUAUCUCAAAGGUACCUAUCUUAAGUUUUGGGCAUUUUUCCAUUUUCUAACGGGGUUAGGUGCCGGACAACACAAAGUAUCCGGGUCCGCCGACGCGCUGGACAUACUGCAGUCGCUUACUUCAUGGUUGAGUAGUCACAAUGAGCUGUCCUCAGAUAGCUCCCAAUUUUUACACUGGUCCGAGCAACUCGCAUCUGAAAGCGCACUGGUCGCUAGCAUGGAGGCUCUCAAGACUAUUCCCGUGGCUGAUGAAGCCCUGGUGAAGACCGCGUUGAGACUUCUUCGGCUAUGGUCUGCUCACCCACAUGUUAAACAAGGAGCUUUGCCUCAUGUCGACGGCUUCGACGUAUGUACACCAAAGUAUUUAACAUGGAAGUCAUACUACGACCUCUUGUCAGCCACCUUACAACACGAUUUAGCUUACGUGCCGCCGGCAAGCGGACCAGAACGCCAGCAGCUUGCUGCUGAAAUACGGCGCGUGGAGUCGAUGUACGAGAGUAGUCUUCUCCGUGAAACGAAAUUCCCCACGGCAUAUGCCGGAAGCACACAGAUUGAGGACUGGGUGGAGCAAGUAAUCACGAACUGGGAAAUACUCUGCGGGCCUCAAUGGACUGACGAAGACCUUGGAGAAGGAGGCCAAAAUGCAGUAGGCAGGAAUGUCCUUGAUAUCCUGUAUCGUGCAGCUACCAAAACAUACCAUUCUCAUUUGAUACUCCGGCGCUUGUUUCACGUUCACUCAUCAUUGGCAGAUUUUGACCUCGCUCUAAAGGCUCUUGAUUCGUAUAUCGAGAUUGUCGUAGGCGCGAAAGAAAGAGCAGAAAAGUCGGCACAGUAUGGAGAAUUGGAAAAUGAUGGCACUUUAUUGCGAACCCUCUCCGAAGGGGUCACUAUGCUGUGUUGUUUCGGCUCAGCAAAAGAAGCCGAGAAAGCCAGGGAGUUGACGACUCUCAUGAAAAAGUUCAUAAACAAACAUGUCCAAGAAAUUGAGGGCGACGACGAGGAGCAAGUAAAGCUUCUGAUCUCGUCUGAUACAAGCUCAACUCGCUCUCAGGCAGUAUCUCCCACUGACAUUGCUGCGGCUUAUAGAGGUGUUGGUAUAGGUCUUGCGGCCUGGGCUAACUGGACACCGGUGAAUGAAGAACGUGACAAUAUACGGUCCGAGGCCAUUGAUAAUCUAGAAAAGAGUACUGCACCAGAACUAGAAGACGAGACCAACUAUUCAUCUCUAUAUACGCUUGCUCUACUUCUCGCAGAAGAUCGAGAUCUGGAUAGUGCGAUCGAUUGCGUCAAGACAGCGUUGACAGCGAAGACAAACCCAGGCACCGUUCAGGGGUAUUUUACACGGGAGCGAGACCUUGUCCCACUAUGGCAUCUGCUUGCCCUUUUACUAAGCGCAAAGCAUGAUUUUGAUAUUGCUGAGCGCUCUUGCGAGGCUGCAUUCGAGCAGUUCCCCGCCGCGGUCACGUCUCUAGCCCACCACGAGAGAAGGCCACAAAAGCAACAGCAGGCCAUCCAAGACCAGGCGAAUGGCGCUGGGUUACAGCGUACCUUGAUCGAGGAACUUCGAGGCCGUGAGAAAGAACGUAUAAUCGAGACGCGUAUGACUCAGUUGGCGUUUGUUGAACUCCUGGAGGGCCCAGAAGCUGCUGUUAAUCACAGCGAACAACUACUGGGACUAUUUGCAACUCUAUUCGGCAACUUGGCCCUUGAAGCUGACGAUAAGAAAAAUUCCCAGACAGACAACCUCAGGCCCCCAUCGAGCUCCGCUCAUACUGUGAAAAGUCUCCGCGGCAGUAUAUUUGGGAGGCAUAAGGGACCGCGCGCACCAGACCGGCGAGCGCAAUCCGGAUCCGACUUCAAGACAGAUGAAAAUAAUCCUUCGCUAGUACCGAAUGAGUCGGACCAGGCGCCAACCAUUCAGGUCACGCACGAGGAUAAACACGUUGGCCACGAGAACCCCCAAGACUCGCGGAAACUGCGGAAACGCAGUAGUACCCUUAAAAAGGGUGACAAUGCACCUGACCCAAACCAUAAAAGUCACAUAAAUGGCCAUGGGUCUGUCACAAACGGGGUGGGAAGUGUAGAGCAACCGAAUGGGGGAGAGGAUCAAUCCCCAGAUAUGGUUGCGGCGGCAAUGUCUGCCAACAAGGAACAAAGUGGAAAGCAGCCCCUGCGACCUGUUGCUCAUAACAUGAGCCAUACGCAGCAGCCACCCCCCAUAGGCCACGCGAAGCAGCCGCCUGAACAGGAUGUUCGUCUGCCAACAUCAUAUGGGUUUGAUUCUCCGACUAAAGCGGUGACUAAGUUCCCGCUUGCCCAGGCCCAAAAGCAUGCCCUCUGUAUCCUCGUCAAAAUAUGGCUCCUCGUUGCUGGGCUGUAUCGGCGAGCAGCGUUGUUUGACGAUGCGUUUGAAGCGUGUGAGGAAGCUGCCAAGCAUGUUUCGCGAGUCGAAGCCCUUUGCGCAACGCAAGACUCCUCUGCUAGGUCAUUCAGAGAGCGUGGCUGGGGUGUUCCGAAGAGUGCCGACGAACUUUGGGCCGACCUCCUCGCUGAACAGGCCUUCUUGUCGAAUGCUCAGUCACACCCUCACAAAGCAAUGGACAAGUUCGAACAAGCAUUAAUGCGCGAUCCUGAUCAUCCCAAAGCCACCAUUGGCCUGGCAAACCUUCUCCUUGAUAUUUGGGAUCAGAAGAUGCCACUGCUGCCACCAGAGCCUGAGAUUGAGCUUGAUAUGUCGAUGCUAACGUUAGCGUCGCCCGAGAAGCAAAAUUCAGCAGCGAGAAAAGCCGACAACAAGGCUACAAAUGGACAAUCAUCCGCUGAAACACCGGACUCCCAGCACAAUCAAGUGCCACAUGCUAUCCAGAACGUGGAACCUAAACUUCUCAAUCGCAUCGCCGCUCGUGACCGAGCUUACGGUCUGCUUUCGGCCCUGACCAAACGCGGCAGUUCUUGGGACAAUUCUGAAGCUUGGUAUACACUCUCCAGAGCGUACGAAGCCGAGGGAAAUACUAAGAAAUUGAAGGAGGUGUUGUGGUGGUGCGUUGAGCUCGAGGACCGACGGCCAAUCCGGCACUGGUCUAACCUCGGUUCUGGUGUAUAUGUUCUAUAA